AUGAUUCUGCAACUCACAAUACUUUACAUGAUAAUUCUAAUAAUAUCUCCCAUAUCUCCUCCACUAGCAUCAGCACAAGAACAUAUAAUCAUAGCACGAGAUGGCUGUAAUUCAACAUGUGGAACAGUUACAAUCCCUUUCCCAUUUGGAAUGAAUAAACCCCAUUGCUAUGCAGACAAAUGGUUCGAAAUAGAGUGCAAAUUUGACAACAAUACUUCUUCUGAUGUUCCUUAUUUGAAGUCGUUAAAUCUUGAGGUAAAUGGAUUUUACAAUAACAUGGUUGAGAUUAUGAACCCAAUUUACCUUUCCAAUUGUCGUCAUAAAAGCAAAAAUAGUAGCAACAGUAACAAAACUGUUACUUUUAGAGGCAGUCCUUUCGUAUAUUCAAUGACUGAAAACAGAUUUCUAGCUGUUGGAUGUAACGUUCUUGCUUUUUUUCAAUCAAAUGGGACAGCGGUUGGGGCUUGUAUAUCAAUUGGUCACAGCGACGACAACAACAAUAUCAAUUUCAAUUUCGGCAGGUGUAGCUGCGAGACUUCAGUGCCUUCACAUCUUUCGGAGUUUAAUGCAACAAUACAAGGUUUAAUUGAACAAAGGAGUGAUGGUUGUGGUUAUGCUUUGAUUACAAAUGAUAACAGGAUACCUUUUGACAGUUCGGAUAAUAUGAACACGGAUGAUAAUGAGACAUUGAAUGAAUUGAAGAACAUGGAAUAUGCUUCUGCAAUGCUUGAGUGGGAGAUUUUGAAUGAUAUGUUAAUUAAUUCCACAUUUCAACUACCUCCAAAUUGUUACAACUCCAAGGUUACUUCUUUAAGUAACAGAACCACCGGUCGGCAAUGUCAAUGCUCGUCCGAGGCUUACUAUGGCAAUCCCUACACUUCACAUGGAUUGCCAACUUGA